CGAGGAGUGAGCUGACGUUCGGCUCUUCUGGAGUCCUCAUCUGGGUUGUGUAACCGAAGCUCCUAAGCCGGGUUAUGCGGCCUUUUUCUUUUCAGAUAUUCAAAAUGGGAAUCUGCGCCGGUCCCCAGAAAGUCCGCAGACAACCUUCAAAACGGUCGAGACUCAGUUCUGACGACCCCUAGCUAUCGGGAAGACCCAGACUAUCUCCCGCCCCUCAUCGCCCGUCGUUCGCAAUCCCAAAAAUGGACAUCCAUCAACCUGGUACCAACCUGUGGAUCCCAAGGAGAGGUACCAAGCGAGAGGGCGGAGGGAGAAAUCGGGCGACUGGCCUAAGAGCCGACGCUGUUUCGCUCGCGCCGGCACGCCAGCUAGGACGGCGCUGGCUGACUUUCCUGCCACCGAAGUGCUCACUGGGAAUAAAUAAGACAACCCUCAAAGGGGUGACUGCCUACAUAGCUGGCAGAAGAAGGCAAAAAUAAAAGAGAAGACAGGGCUCGUCCGGGAUUUGAACCCGGGACCUCUCGCACCCGAAGCGAGAAUCAUACCCCUAGACCAACGAGCCGACAUAUGACCCAGUCUACAGGCGUCCAUAGAGGUCGUAAGGCUUUCGCUCGGUCUAGCUGGGGGACCGCCCGCUGCGAGCGAAGACCAGGGAGCAGAAUCCGGAGAUGGGCUGCUAGGCGCCGGCCCCGGGUCCCUACUCCUCCCUGGAAGUAAGCGUGUAGGCUCAGUCGUCCCCUCGUCUCUUCUCCCGGCCUCUCUACCACUGGAGACGGCGCUUUCGCUGCGACCCUGGCGGUUGCCUACCCGGAGGCCUCCGCUCUGCCUCGCCCUGCCUGCGGUCCUGAGCUUGGGCUCUAAUCCACGGAGCGGCUCGGUUGGGGAGCGCUCCGAGGGGCCGCGUCUUGAACUCCACGGGUGAGCUACAGCUUUUCUCGCCAUCUCUAACGUUAGUCUUACUUCAGCGACGGACCCUUUCCGUAGCCUACCAUCUAUCCACACUGCCUAUCAACACCCAGCUAGAUGUCAGAGCAGAGAGAGAGAUAGCAGACCAAGAAAGCGUUGGCUAGCACUGGGCCCUGGGUUCCCAGCUCUUAGCGUCACAUUCCACUCCCUACCCUCCUGCUUAGCUUUCUCUUUUUCUCCAAGUGUUAACUGGCCCCGUGCCUCCAGAAACACGGACAAAGCCCGGGAACUGAAUCCUUAUUCAGAGUCAGCAUCUGAGAAAGUAAUAAAUUAACAUCCUAAAAGGUCUGCUUCGCAUCCCGCCAUUAGCCAGCAGAUUACGUGGGGAGGAGAAACAAAGGCAAGCGCUUCAACGUUUAGCCUUGCUCCUCUGACCAGCCUCUCCCCUGAGAUUCAAGGCGUUGGCGUUUUAGGUCUCCUUUCUCUCUGUGGCAGGAGCCGGGUUCACACAUUCUGCUUUAGCUUCCUCCAAAACGAAGUACAAAUGUGUGCUCUUACACACUAUGAAAAUAUUUGAUGAAAAUGUGUCACCUUUUAGUAGGAGCCAAAGCUUUACACUGAAGUUCACAGUUCUAGGGUUUAACUUUGGACUGCCAAGCUUGCGGACUCCCAUUUGACAAGGGGUGUUGGUGUAGUGCACUCACUGGCUUGUCUACACCUGGAGCCUGCCUACCUACCCUGCAAGGGAAUUUCUUCCGUUACUAAGACAUGUGAUUUUUCCUAAGCAUGUCUAGAAUUCUCUUCCUGCAACUGCCCACCCCUCGUGUGUGUGUGUGUGUGUGUGUGUGUGUGUCUGUGUAAUUCCUUACGGAAUUACAAAGCUGGGUAAGGAUGACCUUGAACUGAAGGCUAGAUUUACAGGCCUGUGCCAUCAUACCCACCUAAGCAUUCUCACUUUUUUUAAAAAUGUGUAUGGGAGGUGCCUUGUACAUGCCACCUGAUGACUGUGGAGACCAGAAGAGGGUGUCCCAUCCCCUGGAACUGGAGUUGCAGGCUGAGAACUGAACCGGAUUCCUCUGGAAGAGCACCCAGUAGUCAACCACCGAGUUAACUCUCCAUCCCUUUCAUCUGUGUUAAUUUACGGUGGCGUCCCAGCCCCGGGCUGCCUGUUCUUCCAUAGAGUGCGCAUCAAGUUUCUACUCCGCGUCCAAGGUUCAGCUUAACGUCCUGCAGAAAGCUGACUGCCCGCCAUCUUCAUUCCGAGGCCGGAGGAAGCAUCGCCUCUUUCUCACGCUCUUGCGCGUGCCCGUGCUGAGAGAUUAUCUUCCCAGCAUCCUGAGAAAAAGGCCCGCCUCACUCCUUCGCUUGCAUGCGUGCUCAGGGGUCUGUUACGUCACUAGUGUGUCCAAGAGAGAGCAGUGUUCUCAAGACCACACUGUUUCUCAGACAUCAGACAGGGCCAAAUGGGGAUGGUGUCUCGAGCUGUCCAAGGAGGUUAGCUCCAACCCACAGCCCGGAACGACGGCACCGCCCACAGCAGGGGCGUAGUCGCUCUAGCCCGCCAAAACUCAUCUCAGGCGGUGGCGCUCACUGAUGACGUUCGGCGCGCUAGGAUUCCUGAGUCUCUGGCCCUGCGUGUACAGGUUCAGGAGCCAAAUUCUUCUCUAAAAGGUGAUCUGCAAAAAUGGCCCCUGUCCUUCACUUUUAUGUCCGCCCCUCUGGCCAUGAGGGGGCAGCAUCUGGACGUGUUCUUCGGAGACUACAAGGAAAACUGCCAACACUUCAGAGUGUGGAGACUGAGCUGUGCUACAAUGUACACUGGGCAGCCUCCUGUUUUACUGACUUACUCUUUUCCUGUGAACUCUUCCCUCCACCAUUGUGGUUUCCUGAGGAUUGGACUCAGGUUGUCACACUUGGCUACAGCUGAGACCCUUCCAUGGCCUGAGGAGAUGAAGAAGUUGAUGUGGCUAUUUGGUUGUCCAUUGUUACAGGAUGAUGUUGCUCAGGAGUCCUGGCUUGUUCCUGGCUCCAAAGAUUUGUUGCUGGAGGUGGGACCCAGGCUGAAUUUCUCUACUCCAGCAUCGACCAACAUUGUUUCUGUAUGCCAGGCUGCUGGGCUGAGAGCUGUAGAUCGAGUAGAGACCACCCGGCGCUACUGGCUUUCGUUUGCCAAUCACCCUACGGCUGAAAUGGAAGCUAUUGCCCUGGCUGCCUUGCACGACCGGAUGACAGAGCAGCACUAUCCUGACCCCAUCCAGAGCUUCUCUCCUCAGAGCAUUCCAGCCCCACUCAAGGGCUCCAUCGACAUACUGGCAGAGGGUCGGCCUGCCCUGGAGAAGGCCAACCAGGAGCUAGGUUUGGCUCUUGACUCCUGGGACCUCGAUUUCUACACCAAGCGCUUUCAAGAGCUGCAGCGGAACCCCAGUACAGUGGAGGUCUUUGACUUGGCUCAGUCCAAUAGUGAGCACAGCCGACAUUGGUUCUUCAAGGGCCAGCUCCAUGUGGAUGGGAAGAAGCUAGCACGCUCCCUCUUUGACUCCAUCAUGAGCACUCAGGCAUCCUCCAAUCCUAACAACGUCCUCAAGUUCUGUGACAACAGCAGUGCAAUCCAGGGGAAGGAAGUCCAAUUCCUGCGGCCUGAGGAUUCUACACGACCAAGCUGCUUCCGGCAACAGCGGGGGCUUAGACACGUCGUCUUCACAGCAGAGACACAUAACUUCCCCACAGGAGUGGCCCCCUUCAGCGGUGCAACCACGGGCACAGGCGGCCGCAUCAGAGAUGUCCAGUGCACAGGCCGUGGGGCCCAUGUGGUAGCUGGUACUGCUGGCUAUUGCUUUGGAAACCUGCACAUCCCAGGUUAUAAUCUGCCCUGGGAGGAUCCAAGCUUCCAGUAUCCUGGGAACUUUGCCAGGCCUUUGGAUGUUGCUAUUGAGGCCAGUAAUGGAGCAUCUGACUAUGGCAACAAGUUUGGAGAACCAGUGCUGGCUGGAUUUGCCCGCUCUUUGGGUCUUCAGCUUCCAGGUGGUCAGAGACGUGAGUGGAUCAAGCCCAUCAUGUUCAGUGGGGGCAUUGGGUCCAUGGAAGCCAAGCAUGUAGGCAAAAAGCCCCCAGAGCCAGGCAUGGAGGUUGUAAAGGUUGGAGGUCCUGUCUAUAGGAUUGGAGUUGGGGGUGGAGCUGCUUCGUCUGUGCAGGUUCAGGGAGACAACACCAGUGACCUGGACUUUGGAGCUGUGCAACGGGGAGACCCGGAAAUGGAGCAGAAGAUGAAUCGUGUGAUCCGGGCUUGUGUGGAGGCCCCAGGAGGAAACCCCAUCUGCAGCCUCCACGACCAGGGUGCUGGUGGCAACGGCAAUGUCCUAAAGGAGCUGAGUGACCCAGCAGGAGCUAUCAUUUAUACCAGCCGCUUCCAGCUAGGUGACCCAACCUUGAAUGCACUGGAAAUCUGGGGGGCUGAGUACCAGGAGUCAAAUGCACUGCUGCUGAGGCCCUCUGACCGGGACUUCCUGAGUCGCGCCAGUGCCCGGGAACGUUGCCCAGCUUGUUUUGUGGGCACAAUCACUGGAGACAAGAGAAUUGUGCUAGUGGAUGACCGUGAGUGCCUGGUAGGAAAAAAUGGCCAGGGAGACGCUCCCCUGACACCUCCAACCCCUGUGGACCUCGACCUUGACUGGGUUCUCGGAAAGAUGCCUCAGAAGGAGUUCUUCCUCCAGAGAAAACCCCCUGUGCUGAAGCCUUUGACUCUGCCCCCAGAGCUGAGUGUGCGACAAGCUCUGGAUCGGGUCCUAAGGCUGCCUGCUGUGGCCAGCAAACGCUACCUCACUAACAAGGUGGAUCGCUCUGUGGGUGGCCUUGUUGCCCAACAGCAGUGUGUCGGGCCCCUGCAGACUCCUCUAGCUGAUGUGGCUGUUGUGGCACUGAGCCACCAGGAGCUCAUAGGGGCCGCUACAGCCCUAGGAGAGCAGCCAGUCAAGAGCCUGCUGGACCCCAAGGUUGCUGCCAGGCUAGCUGUUUCUGAGGCCCUCACCAACCUGGUGUUUGCACUGGUCACCGAUCUCCGAGAUGUGAAGUGCAGUGGGAACUGGAUGUGGGCAGCCAAGCUCCCAGGUGAGGGUGCAGCGCUGGCCGAUGCCUGCGAAGCUAUGGUGGCAGUGAUGGCAGCACUGGGUGUGGCAGUAGAUGGCGGCAAGGACUCCCUCAGCAUGGCCGCCCGAGUUGGCACUGAGACCGUGCAGGCUCCUGGGUCACUGGUCAUUUCAGCAUAUGCUGUCUGUCCAGACAUCACAGCCACUGUGACCCCAGACCUCAAGCAUCCUGGAGGGAAAGGUCAUUUGCUCUAUGUGCCUUUGAGCCCCGGGCAGCACCGGCUGGGAGGAACAGCUCUGGCCCAGUGCUUCUCUCAACUCGGGGAGCACCCUCCUGAUCUAGACGUUCCUGAGAACCUCGUGCGUGCCUUUCAUAUCACCCAGGGGCUGCUGAAAGAUCGUCGUCUUUGCUCAGGCCAUGAUGUCAGCGAUGGGGGGCUUGUCACCUGCCUUUUAGAGAUGGCCUUUGCUGGGAACUGUGGGAUAGAGGUAGAUGUACCUGCCCCUGAGAUCCAUGCGUUGCCUGUGCUGUUUGCAGAGGAGCCAGGUCUGGUGUUAGAGGUACAGGAGGCAGAUGUAGCCGGAGUACUGCAGAGGUACCAGAGUGCUGGCCUUCACUGUCUGGAACUGGGCCACACAGGCGAGGCUGGACCCCAGGCCGUGGUCCGAGUGUCAGUGAAUGGGGCUGUGGUUGUAGAGGAGCCUGUUGGGCAGUUAAGAGCCCUCUGGGAGGAAACAAGUUUCCAGCUGGACCUACUGCAGGCAGAGCCGAGCUGUGUGACAGAGGAGAAACAGGGCCUGAAGGAGCGAACAGGGCCCAGCUACUGCCUGCCACCCACCUUUCCCAUGGCCUCUGUGCCCUGUAACCCUGGUGGUCCCAUCCCUCGAGUUGCCAUCUUGCGAGAAGAGGGCAGCAAUGGAGACCGGGAAAUGGCUGACGCCUUUCACUUGGCUGGCUUUGAGGUGUGGGAUGUGACCAUGCAGGAUCUCUGCUCUGGGGCCAUCAGGCUGGACACAUUCCGUGGUGUGGCCUUUGUGGGCGGGUUCAGCUACGCAGACGUCCUGGGCUCUGCCAAAGGUUGGGCAGCUGCAGUGACCUUUAAUCCACAGGCCAGGGAAGAGCUGGGACGAUUCCGCAGGCGUCCAGACACCUUCAGUCUGGGCGUGUGUAAUGGCUGCCAGCUGCUAGCUCUUCUGGGCUGGGUGGGAAGUGAUCCCAAUGAAGAGCAAGUUGAGCCAGGCCAUGACUCCCAGCCAACACAGCCAGGCCUCCUGCUCCGCCACAAUCUGUCUGGGCGGUAUGAGUCCCGAUGGGCCACUGUACGUGUGCAGCCAGGGCCAGCCCUGAUGCUUCGAGGGAUGGAAGGCUCCGUGCUGCCCGUGUGGAGUGCUCAUGGGGAAGGUUACAUGGCGUUUUCUUCUCCUGAACUCCAAGCCAAGAUCGAGGCCAAGGGCUUGGUUCCUCUGCACUGGGCAGACGAUGAUGGGAACCCCACAGAGCAGUACCCUUUGAACCCCAAUGGAUCUCCAGGGGGCAUAGCUGGUAUCUGUUCCCAAGAUGGUCGCCAUCUGGCACUCAUGCCACAUCCUGAGCGGGCUGUGAGGCUUUGGCAGUGGGCAUGGCGACCCUCUCCCUUUGAUGGUCUUUCCACCUCCCCAUGGCUGCAGCUCUUCAUCAAUGCUCGGAACUGGACCCAGGAGGACAGCUGCUGAGGAGGCCACAUGCUCACCCUGGCCCACAGCUCAUCCUUUCAGUCUGUAGCCUUCUUUCCCCAUUGCUUUCAGGCAUAUCCCCAUGUGAGUUCCAAAAGCAUCUUAGACAGCAGGAACCAAAAUGCUGGGCCUCAACUGCAUUGCUCAUUCUAGCCCUGCCCUGCAGGAGCUGCUUUCAGUUCUUAGCUCAGGCUCCGAGGACAGCUGACGGUGCAGGGGGUAGGCAAAGAGUUACUGGCAGCCCUUCCCAUGAUCAUCACCUUGUUAUCCCUCAUUCUCUUGCUUAGAGCUCUGAGUGAGCUUUCUUUCAUGCCCCCUUUUUCUUUGGCUUUGUGAGAGCCCUGAGCCCUGAGCUACUGGUGUUUAUUUUUUGUUGUUUUGUCUUUUUUUUCUUUUUUUUUUUUUUUUUUU